GGUAAACAAAAUAUGGAUGCAGACGGGCUAUCUCGAAAGCCCCAAAGUCAAUCUGAAGAUGAUAAAAUCUUCAAAGAAGAAUGUCAGCGCAUUGACAAAUUCAGAUCUCACUUGUUGUCCUCAGUUAAGGAGGUUGAGCUCCAACUUCAUACUGACACAGUGGCUGCCACAUGCCAAAGACACAUUGUCUUAGCCCAAUCUGAAUCCACUUCUUGUGCACUUGUGCAAUCACUAUCUAUGUCUGCGACAGCUAUUCCUGAAAUGUUUCAGGAGGAAGGUGAUGACUGUAAUCUGUUAACCUUACCCAAAUACAGUCACACUGAUCUUGUCCAAAUGCAAAGGAAUGACCCAGCCAUUGGCAAAGUCAUUGAGUUGAUAGCAGCAGAUGCUAGUCCUUCAGCCAACGUGAAGGCUGAGUCCCUUGAUCCACUUGUUAACAUUCAGACCACCAGACCCAUGGAGUUGGUCUGUAUGGAUUUCCUUUCAGUAGAACCCGACAGUAAGAACAUGAAGGACAUAUUGGUAAUAACCGAUCACUUCACCAAAUAUGCCGUGGCCAUUCCCACGAGAAAUCAAAAGGCCACUACAGUCGCAAAGUGUUUGUGGGAACAAUUCCUAGUCCAUUACGGUUUCCCAGAGCGACUCCACAGCGACCAGGGGAGAGACUUUGAAUCACAAACCAUAAAGGAACUUUGUUCGCUGCUUGGUAUACACAAAGUCAGAACGAGUCCAUAUCAUCCCCGUGGUAACCCAGUGGAACGUUACAACCGUACCCUACUAGGUAUGCUUGGUACUCUAAAAGACACAGAAAAACGUCAUUGGUGUGACUAUGUGAAACCACUCACUCAUGCUUACAACUGUACAAGAAAUGAUGUAACUGGUUUUUCCCCGUACCAGUUAAUGUUCGGAAGACAACCCCGUCUGCCCAUAGACAUUGCUUUCGGACUGCCACAGAUUAACAAGCAGUCCAUAUCUCAUUCACAGUAUGUCAAACAGCUGAAAAAUCACCUUGAAGACAGUUACAAAAUAGCCAUAAAAAACUCUCAGAAAGUGGCUGACAGAAACAAGAAAAGGUUCGACAAAGUCAUCCGCGAGUCCACACUGGAUGUGGGGGACCGAGUCUUGGUUCGUAACCUUCGCCUUAGAGACAAACACAAAUUGGCGGACAAAUGGGAACAGACUGUGUAUGUUGUCACUAAACAGAAAGAGAAUUUACCUGUCUACACAGUGACACCAGAGAAAGGAGAUGGACCUCCCCGAACACUUCACAGGGAUCUUUUGCUCCCUUGUGGAUUUCUAGCACCCACAGAGGAUGAACCUCAGCAAAUGAUCAAACCCCGUAAACCACAAACAAGGCAAAGUUCUUUCCAACCCGAUAAUGACACAUUGGUUGAAGAAGAGGAUAAUGAUUUUUGUCUCGAGAUCAAUUCUCCACAAAUCACAGAGAGACAUUUUUUCCAAAUCUACGACUAUCCAAUAAUGCCCGGAAAUCAGACAAACAAAGAACCUGCAGGAGAACACUGCCUACAAUCUACUGGAUCAGAAACUUUGGAGCAAACCGAGAAAGUACCUUCAGAAAAUAACUUAUCUGAGACAUCUACAGGAGACAAUCAGACAUCCAAGUCUUCUCUGACUGAUGAACAGAGGCAAGCAACCAACUCACCUGUAAUGAACAGCGAACCUGAAACCAACUUAACUGAAAAGCGAAAAGGAACCGGAACGCACCUAUUGAAUACUGGGACAGAUCACAGUGAAUCAGAGACACUGCAGAUUGACUCUCAAGAAUCUCUUCAACUCCGGAGAUCUGAGAGAGAUCGCCAGCCGUCCCGAAGACUACAUUAUGCUGAGCUGGGAAAUCCCAUGUUAACAGUUGUCAAAUCACUUUUCCAAGGGUUAACCCAAGCGAUGACUGAUUCCCUUGCCCCUGACACUGAUCAUGGCAGAGUAGCCAUGUACAGGGACGUACAUGACAUUUAAGAGGGGAGGGUGUAACCCAGUAGGUUCAAAAUCGCAUUUCUCCCUAUCAUUCAUAUGUCAUGUUUUAGUUGUGUGUCAAUCACAGAUACCCCCCUCUGUUCAAACCUUCUAUGGACUGAUCUUUGGUAAUCUGAGCCCCAUUGGCUGAAAUUGCUAACCCCGCCCACCUACGCAGCAGAGGCAUGUACGUGCUGCAGAAGCGCAGAGAGCAGGAGGCUAGAGGCCAGCGUGUCUGCCGAGCUGAGUUUCUAGCUUGGAAAUAAACUGGAGGAAGUGGACAACACGACAACCUGGUUGACUAAAAACCUGUAUGCGAGUGAGAGAGACGGAACCGACCUCUCGGUGGUUUCGAGCAGUGUGAGCGUCUUGGUGAGUGAAUUGGGCUGGGCUAGCGCAGAGGCAAAAAUAGCUCGGAGACUAAGAUAGCAUCGGAGCUUGAUUAGCAGCUAAUUAGUGCCAACAUGUGGCAGCAGUCCUGAUGGCUGUGGGAAAUGGGUGCUACAUAUUAGUAACCCAUGUUAAGUUUAUGUUGGUACUGUUUUGUUCUUGAGUUGAAUUGUAUAUUUUGUAAUGUUUAUUUUAUUGAAGCCAUGUUUCAAGCAUAGCUAAAGCUGAACAUUUAUUUUAUUUAUUGUAACUGUGUUAAGCUGUGAUACAGGACGCGUGUGUUACCAUCAAAGUCUUAUUGCAAAUAAGCUAAUGCUGCACCGGGGAAAUGUACUUUUAUGCAUUUCUAUUUGAUUUGUGAUUAUUCCUCUUAGGUUUUAAGUUGGAAUUUAAUGUUAUUGAAUUAUAUGGUUCAUCAUACUGCUUGAUUACAUUCCUGUACAUUUUAAGUAGUAUGCCUGAAUGUGAAGUGAAAUUGGAUUUGAAAUAUAUUCCAUGGUUGAACUGUACAGUUAAGAUAUGAGAAACUGAGUUAAGAAAUACUUGAGCUAUAUUGAGCUAAAGUGAAUUCUUAUUGUGAUGGUCCUGUAUUUAUACAGGCUAGGUUUUUUAGACAUCGUGAAACUUGGACUGGAUCCGAUGGAUUUCUCCCUGACGAGGGGGAUGGCGAGCCACCCAUUGAGAUUCUGGAACUGAGCGGCCCAACCCUUGGCCUACAAAGAACGGGUUGUUCUUUCACACUAUCAGCUCUCAACUGUGCGGUAGGACAAUUGCCGUGCUACUGCCCUAAGACAUUGCCUCCUGGCACGGAGCAAGUGACUUGACUGACUUACCCUACUGACUUAACUAAUUAUUGCCGGCCGAACUGAACUGAACUAAAUUGAACUCAAAGAGUCAAGAACAAUCUAUUAUUGGGUUAUUACAGUGUUGUACAUAUUUUCCUAUUGUGUUUUUUCAUUGUUAUUAAUACAGUUGUUGUGUUCACUAUCCGUGACUCCAUUCAUUCUGUGCAUGUCACUCACUGCCCUAACCCUCCUAGGAGCCUAGAACCUGGUCCAGCAAGUAGGUUAAUUAUUCAGAGCCUAUCCAUUUAUAUA